AUGGUGUGGCUGGGCUGCCAGGCCGUGCACGCCAGGAGGGCAGUACCCCGGCCUCUCUUGCCACCACCUGGGGCUCUGGAACAAGUUCCCGGCUGGAACCAUGAUGCUCCCGCCUUCCUUCACCUGACGCUCACGGAGGCGUCACCCUUGUACCUGGCCCGGCGGGCUCCGGGAUUGGAUGCUGACCUUUGGUUUCCUCUGCCAGCCCCGUUCUGCCUGCUGACCCUGCUGCUGCCACCCCACAGUCCGGGGGCCCCCAUCUCCCCAGCUGAGCCCAUCAGUCAAGCCUACAGCCUCGCCCUCUACAUGCAGAAGAAUACAUCAACGUUGCUGCAGACUUACCUCCAGUACCAGGGCAGCCCCUUCAGUGACCCCGGCUUCUCAGCCCCUGAGCUUCAGCUCAGCAGCCUGCCUCCUGCCGCUGUCUCCUUCAAGACCUGGCAUGCCCUGGAUGACGGGGAGCGGCUGGGCCAUGCCCAGGGGGCCUUCCUGGCCUUGACCCAGCAUCUCCAGCUCGUAGGGGACGACCAGAGAGACCUGAACCCCGGGAGUCCUAUCCUGCUGACUCAGCUCGGGGCUGCAAGACUCAGGGCCCAAGGCCUGCUGGGCAACAUGGCUGCCAUCAUGACUGCCCUGGGCCUGCCCAUCCCCCCAGAAGAGGACACUCUCGGGGUUGUCCCCUUCGGGGCCUCAGCCUUUGAGAGGAAAUGUCGAGGCUAUGUAGUGACCCGGGAAUAUGGCCACUGGACAGACCGAGCUGUGAGGGACUUGGCUCUGCUCAAGGCCAAAUACCCUGGAUAG